ACUCUCUCUCUACACUUUUCCUCUUCUAUUACAACAACUGGGACGUUGAAAUCUAGAGAUUGCAAUGCUUUUUGUGCAAGCAUUUAUCCUGCUGGUUAUAGCAAGUCAAAAGAACCUGCUAGUAGAGUGCUCAAGGUAUCUUCCGCGCUUGCGGAAACAGCAGCGUCUAUUGCAGUUGCUGCUACAGUUGUGGGGGCCGCGGCAACUAUUCUUGUAAGGAGAACUAAAGCUUCUGAAGUAAUUGAGGCCCCGCCGAUAAUCUGUGAAGACUGUGGUGGCUCUGGAAUUUGUGCAGAAUGCAGAGGGGAAGGAUUUGUGCUAAAAAAGAUGUCCGAUGAAAAUGCUGAGAGAUUAAGACUGAUGGCAAAGAAUGCAGCGACCAGAUAUACAGCAGGGCUUCCCAAGAAGUGGAGCUACUGUAUGAAAUGCAAUGCUGCCCGAUCCUGUAGUUCAUGUGGCGGCAGUGGGAAGUUGAACUAAUUGUUAAAUUGCCCUAUGAAACCAUAUCAAUUCAAUUGUGUUGCAGUUUCUUCGUCAUCAGAAAAGAUAUCGUGGCAAUACACUGGGAAGAAAAUUGAAGAAUAUGUACGCGGUAAUUCUAUGCAUAUCCUGAUUAUGUAUA